AUGUCGAAGAACAAGAAGGAGCUGGAAGCACAAGGCUUCACCGUGAAGGCCACUAUGAAGAACUCCGUGGUGGUGGGUCCCCCAGUUGCAGGGGCUUUUAAGGAGCGUCCCUCCAAAUCAACCAAAUUUCGCAAGUUCUACGACCGCGGAGAUUUCGCAUUUGUAAUGAGGCAAGGAAACGGCAUUGCAUGGAAGGUGGAGAUUGAGAAGCUGGACUACCACCACUACCUGCCGCUGUUCUUUGAUGGCUUAAGCGAGACUGUUCAUCCAUACGAGUUCUUCGCCCGCCAGGGAGUCCAUGACAUGCUGGAGCACGGAGGCCCCAAGAUCCUGCCGGUCAUUCCCCAGCUCAUCAUCCCCAUCAAGAAUGCCCUGAAUACAAGGAGCCGCCAGGUGAUCCGCAACACCCUGAAGGUCCUGCAGCAUCUGGCGAUGUCAGGAGACAUGGUGGGGGAGGCUUUGGUGCCGUACUUCAGACAGAUCCUCCCCGUUCUCAACAUCUUUAAGAACAUGAAGAUCAACACUGGAGAUGGCAUCGACUACGGCCAGCGGAACAGAGAGACCAUCGGAGACCUGAUCCAGGAGACUCUGCAGGUGUUUGAGCGCUACGGAGGAGACGACGCCUUCAAAAACAUCAAAUGGAUGGUGCCCACCUACGAGUCCUGCAUGAACAACUGAGGGGCGGCGUCGCCCUGACGUUGCACAGACUCUUGACUUUACCUCUUUGUCAGUCCUUUAUCUGCUUCUCA